CUGCAAUCUCCGACUAAACGCACCGAAAUCAAUUCGACUCCGCUCCGCUGCGAUUAUCGUGGCCAUGCGCAGAGCGCAGUCGCGCGUCAGUCGCACGCCCGGCCGCGGACGCGAUUGUCGCGUCACAAAAACGCACGAUAAAAAACAUGCUGAUUGUCGUUGACAUUGACAUCCCACGAUUUAGAAAGUGAUGGAUAUCUUGUUUUGAACCUUAAUUUUAUGUAGUGAGGAUUCAUUUUGCUUUCAAGGUCAAAAUAACCUAACUUUUAUAAUCAAUAGGCGUUCAUUUCCAUACUGAAUAAGUAAUCUAUGUAUUCUAGAAGCGAUUAAAUGUAAAUUCACAUAAUAAAUUUGUUUAUAAGGACUAAGAUGUACGAGUUCGAACAUUUGAAUCCGACUCGAUUGAUAGAAGAAGUGAAGGCUAGGCCGGCUUUGUACAAGUCGGACCAACCGGCGGAUAGGGAAGAAAAGUUAGCGCUAUGGAAGCAAGUGGGGGCCGCACUGUUUCAAGACUGGGAAAGUUACAGCAAAGCCAUGGCUUAUGAUAGAGUGUUGCAGCUUCAGAAAAAAUGGCGGUCGUUGCGCGACGCGUACAACCGCGAGCUGAGGGCUCGGAAGACAGGUGUGCGGAUCAACGCGAGAGUGUACAUGCACUUCAAACGAAUGAGCUUUCUCGGGGGAUACGAGGGCGAGCUCAGCGAAGAAGACGACGUCGAAGAAGACGACCCUCUACCAGUCAAGGUCAAGAAGCCCCGCACCAAGAAACGUAAAGCCAAAGAAUCCUCGUCAGAGAACGAGGGGCCUGCUGAAGAGUUCGAGAUGCCGUUACCCGUCUUCCCUCCCUUGGAGACAGGGGAGGACAGCGAUAGAUUGUUCCUGCUGUCAUUCUUGCCGGAGAUGCGGCAGUUGCCACCGAAGAUUAAGAUGUGGGCUAGAGCGCGGAUCGCGAGGAUUAUGCAGGAAGCCGUUACAAGCCAGUACAACGAACCAGGUGUCAGUUCACAAGCAGAAUCAGAUAUAAAGUUGAUGCGAAGUGAGAGCGACGAAUAGUCAUUAUUUAU